GUCUCGGUUCUUCACUGCAGCACGCCCGCGGACGCCAUGCGGGGGGCUCUGACGCCCCUAUCUUCGCUGCUGCCGCUGCUGCCACUGCUGUCGCUGCUGCUGCUGGGGUGCGGACCGCGGGCGGCCACCGGAGGCGGGGCCGGCGGGGCAGCGGGCUACGCGCCCGUGAAGUACGUGCAGCCCAUGCACAAAGGACCCGUGGGGCCGCCCUUCCGCGAGGGCAAGGGCCAGUACCUGGAAAUGCCUCUACCGUUGCUGCCAAUGGACCUGAAAGGCGAGCCUGGUCCACCUGGGAAGCCUGGGCCUCGGGGGCCCCCUGGCCCUCCUGGCUUCCCAGGAAAACCAGGCACUGGAAAGCCAGGGCUACAUGGACAGCCUGGCCCUGCUGGGCCCCCUGGCUUCUCCCGGAUGGGCAAGGCUGGUCCCCCGGGGCUCCCGGGCAAGGCCGGACCACCAGGGCAGCCAGGGCUUCGGGGAGAGCCGGGGAUACGAGGGGACCAGGGUCUCCGGGGCCCCCCAGGACCGCCUGGCCUCCCUGGACCCUCAGGCAUUGCUGUCCCUGGGAAGCCAGGCCCCCAAGGAGUGCCAGGGCCCCCAGGAUUCGGAGGGGAGCCAGGGCCCCAGGGGGAGCCUGGGCCCCCAGGUGAUCGAGGCCUCAAGGGGGAUAAUGGAGUAGGCCAGCCAGGGCUACCUGGGGCCCCAGGGCAGGGAGGUGCCCCUGGACCACCUGGCCUCCCUGGUCCAGCUGGCUUGGGCAAACCGGGUUUGGAUGGGCUUCCUGGGGCCCCAGGAGAUAAGGGUGAGUCGGGGCCUCCUGGAGUGCCAGGACCCAGGGGGGAGCCAGGGCCUCUGGGCCCAAAAGGGCCCCCAGGUGUGGAUGGUGUGGGGAUACCAGGGGUGGCAGGGGUACCAGGGCCACAGGGCCCAGCAGGGGCCAAAGGGGAACCAGGAACCCGGGGCCCCCCUGGCCUGAUAGGCCCCACUGGCUAUGGGGUGCCAGGACUGCCAGGCCCUAAGGGGGACAGGGGCCCAGCUGGGGUCCCAGGACUCUUGGGGGAUAGGGGUGAGCCAGGUGAGGAUGGGGAGCCAGGGGAGCAGGGCCCACAAGGCCUUGGGGGCCCCCCGGGACUUCCAGGGUCUGCAGGGCUCCCUGGCAGACGUGGGCCCCCUGGGCCCAAGGGGGAGGCAGGGCCUGGAGGACCCCCAGGAGUGCCUGGUAUUCGGGGUGACCAGGGGCCUAGUGGCCUGGCUGGGAAACCUGGGCUCCCAGGAGAGAGAGGACUUCCUGGGGCCCAUGGACCCCCUGGACCUACUGGGCCCAAAGGUGAGCCUGGUUUCACAGGCCGCCCUGGGGGACCAGGGGUGGCAGGAGCCCUGGGGCAGAAGGGUGACUUGGGGCUUCCUGGGCAGCCCGGCCUGAGGGGCCCCUCAGGAAUCCCAGGUCUCCAGGGCCCAGCAGGUCCUAUUGGGCCCCAGGGACUGCCAGGCCUGAAGGGUGAACCGGGCUUGCCAGGACCCCCUGGAGAGGGGAAAGUGGGGGAACCCGGAGUGGCUGGGCCUACAGGGCCUCCUGGGGUCCCCGGUUCCCCAGGACUCACCGGCCCUCCUGGGCCUCCCGGGCCACCUGGUCCCCCUGGAGCCCCCGGGGCCUUUGAUGAGACUGGCAUCGCCGGCCUGCACCUGCCCAAUGGUGGAGUGGAGGGCGCUGUGCUGGGCAAGGGGGGCAAGCCACAGUUUGGGCUGGGCGAGCUGUCGGCCCACACAACGCCUGCCUUCACCGCUGUGCUCACUUCGCCCUUCCCCGCCUCCGGCAUGCCUGUUAAAUUUGACCGGACUCUCUACAAUGGCCACAGUGGCUACAACCCAGCCACUGGCAUCUUCACCUGCCCUGUGGGCGGGGUCUACUACUUUGCUUACCAUGUGCACGUCAAGGGCACCAAUGUGUGGGUGGCCCUGUACAAGAACAACGUGCCAGCAACGUACACCUACGAUGAAUACAAGAAGGGCUACCUGGACCAGGCAUCUGGCGGGGCUGUGCUCCAGCUGCGGCCCAACGACCAGGUCUGGGUGCAGAUGCCGUCGGACCAGGCCAACGGCCUCUACUCCACUGAGUAUAUCCACUCCUCCUUUUCAGGGUUCUUGCUCUGCCCCACAUAA